GCUUCCCCCAAGAUGGCGGCGCCCUUGGCCCUGCAGCUGCAGGAGCUGCUGGACCCCCGGCCCGGCCCGCGGGACCCCGAGGAUGAUGCGGAGGAAGCUACAGUUGCUAAAGUGAUUGACAGAUUUGAGGAUGAAGCCACGGAUGACAUUUUGCCUGUUGGUAAUAUCAGGAAAAGAGCCUCAGCCUCUCUCCUGGAAGCUGAUAAGAGGUACAGUGGAAAAGCCACAUCUCGGAAAGCUCUGCAGGAAGAGCUCUGGGGAGAUGCUCUGUCUGAAGAAGGAUCUGCUGAAGAAGCACUAGAUGACUGGUACAGUGGCAGUGAAGGCUCAGAAGAGGAGGACAGUGUUGGUACUAAGGGCAGGGAGAAGCCCAGCAGUGCUGGCAGUGAGCAGGAGGAUGACCUGGAGGAUGAUGAAGAGGCCAAGGCACCAAAGUUCAGCUCCCAGAAUAUCACAGACUUUGAGAAGUUUACAGAGGGGAUGGACGAUGCAGGGAGCAGUGAAGGGGAGGAUGAAAAUGAGGAUGAGGAUGAUGCUGACAUGGAAGAAGGAAAUGAGGAGGAGGAGGAGGAGGAAUUUGGGAGUGAAAACCACGAUGAUGGAAAAGAAACCAAAGACAGCGAAGAUGAUGGGGGAGUGCUGACCUUCUCCAGAAGACAGGAGUCUGAAGAAGUGGAGAAGGGCAAAGCUGUGAGGAACCAGCUAGCCCUGUGGGACCAGCUGAUGGAAGGGAGGAUCAAGAUGCAGAAGGUGCUCAUGACAGCCAACAGGCUGCCCCAGCCAGACACCUACCCCAGGUUCAGGAAGGAGGGGGGACAGGACUUUGACAACGCUGUGGAGAACUGUUGUAAAGCCCUGGAGGCCUUGCUGAAAGUGCUGGUGGAACUUCAGGAUGAGCUGCUUUAUCAGUACCCAGGCACGAGGCAUCUGGUGGAUGGAAAGCAAGCAAAAACGGAGAGCGAGGAUGAAAUCCUGAGCAGCAGCGAUGAGGAGCCAGUGGAGAAGGCUCAGGAGAAGAGGAGGAGCCUCCCCAAACGGAAGCUGAAGUUUGAGGAGUACCCUGAGUUCAUAGCCAAGCGCUACAAGGACUUCAGGACCUACAGGAACAGCACCCUGCAGAAGUGGCACGACAAGACCAAGCUGGCAACUGGCAAAAUGGGGAAGGGCUUCGGAGCCUUGGAGCGCUCGGUGCUGGCGCAGAUCGAUCACGUCCUGCUGGACAGGGAGCGAUUGCUGCGGCGCACCCAGACCCGCCGCUCCCUCUACACCGUGCUGGGCAAGCAGGAGCAGCAGCCUGCCCCAGCCCCUCAGCCCGGGCCUGGCAACUCGGAAGUCCUCCCCCCCUCAGACUCCAACAGGCACCUGAAGGACAUCGAUGAGGAGAUAUUUGAUGAUGAUGACUUUUACCACCAGCUCCUGCGAGAGCUGAUCGAGCGCAAAACCACGUCCCUGGACCCCAACGACCAGGUGGCCAUGGGCAGGCAGUGGUUGGCCAUCCAGAAGUUACGGAGCAAAAUAAAGAAGAAAGUGGACAGAAAAGCCAGCAAAGGAAGGAGAAUCCGGUACCAUGUCCACAGCAAGCUGGUGAGCUUCAUGGCACCUAUUGACCUCUGCACAAUGAAUGAUGAUGCCAGGACGGAGCUGUACCGGUCGCUGUUUGGAAAAGUCAAGAACGGAGAAGAACCAGAGCAGAAUUAGGAGCUGGGAUUGAGCUCCUGGUGUUCUCCCAGCUGCUUCUGCCCUCAGCUGCUCUCCCAGGAGCAGAGCCAGCUCUCUCCAGCCUCUGGUUUGUCCCUAAAAUCCCCCCUGAAGGAGCACCUGCUAAAUCAGAGGGAAGAGUGAGCCUGGCUGAACACCCCCUGUCCAGCCUGAAAUGCUUCCUCCCAAAAACAAUCUAUUUUUAAUUAUUCCCUUUAAAUUCCUGACCUUGAUUUUGCAGCCUGGGCACAGUGUGGGGGGAGGGACACAAUCCAGCCCCCCUGCAGCUGGGUCCCCCACAGCUGUGUUAAAACCUUGGAGAUUUGGGGGCUGGGGGGGGUUCAGUGCCCUGUUCUGGUGCUUGGCUGCAUAUUGAGUUCAUUUUUCACCAGUCAAGAGGAUUUAAAUGUCAUUUCCAUAAUUAACAUGGCCUUAAAACAGAGGAAGGGUGCUCCUGUGCAGGCACCAGAGCUCCCAGUUCACGUUGUGGCUGCUGAACACACACAGGGACAUUUGCUGGCCCUGACACGGGGAUGUGCCAGGGAAUUGCUGCUGUGGGAAGAGCCUGGGGCCUCCUCCAGCCCUGCACUGAUCCUGCACACUCAGUCCUGCAGCUGCCUGUGACUCUGGGCCAGUCAGGCUGUGACAUCCCGGGCAGGAUGGCAGCACAGGACAGAGGUGACUCCUGUGAGGGCUGGGUGGGGUUUGCAGUAAAUCCCCAUAAAGGGAUCAAUAGGAAUGGGGCUGCUCUGGGGUCACUGAUCCUGUCAUGGCCGUGGCUUGUCCCACAGUUACCCUGGCCCUGGCUGGGGUUUGGGCACUCCAAUUUGUGAGCUGCUUGUCCCGGGUCCCUCCCUGCCCCGUGGGGACACGUCAGGUUUCCUCCAGAAAGCAAAGCAAGUGCCAGGUGAGGCUUGACUUGGCUGGACCAGCUUUCAGGGCUGAAUAAAUCCCUGCUCCCUCGCAGAGGAGCAGAGCUGCAGCUCCCAGGGAAGUGCAUGGAUUUCCCUGGGUCCAGCCAGAAAAGCACCUGGAUUUAGGUAUCCACUGAUGACCUGAUGGGAUUUCCAUGACCCCACAUCCAGCAGGGGCCUGGGCACAGGGAAAAGCUGAUUUUUGUCACCCGUGCCAGGUGAGCAGCCCUGGUUUGGCCUGCAGGGAGCUGAGGUUCUGCCAUCCACAGCACCAAACCCCCGGGGUUCAAUUCCCACAGCUGUGCCACCCCUCCCGUGUGACACCUGUGUCCUCUGUGCCACCUGUUCCAUGUGACACCUGUGUCCUCUGUGCCACCCCUCCCGUGUGACACCCGUGUCCUCUGUGCCACCCGUUCCGUGUGACACCUGUGUCCUCUGUGCACCCCUCCCAUGUGACUCCCGUGUCCUCUGUGCCACCUGUUCCAUGUGACACCUGUGUCCUCUGUGCACCCCCUUUCAUGUGACACCUGUGUCCUCUGUGCCACCCGUUCCAUGUGACACCUGUGUCCUCUGUGCACCCCCUUUCAUGUGACACCUGUGUCCUCUGUGCCACCCGUUCCAUGUGACACCUGUGUCCUCUGUGCACCCCUCCCGUGUGACACCCGUGUCCUCUGUGCCACCCCUCCUGUGUGACACCUGUGUCCUCUGUGCCACCCAUUCCAUGUGACACCUGUGUCCUCUGUGCCACCCAUUCCAUGUGACACCUGUGUCCUCUGUGCACCCCUCCCGUGUGACUCCCGUGUCCUCUGCAGCCGCAGCUCCGGGGCUCCCGCUGGUUUUUUUUUUCAGUUCCCUCUCUGGCUGUAAUGUUAAAAGGGUAAUACAAACCUCUUUAAAUGUGAUAACUUCUCGCCGGUAUUGUUUGAGGAGAUAAGAGCCCGAGCAGCGCUUUUGAAUUCACUUAUCAGCGUUUCAGCAGCCGCUUCCCGUCCCCAUCCCUGCCACCACCUGGGCCGGGGACACGGGGACAGCCGGGCCCGGGGGAUGCGGCCCCGCUGCAGCUCUGACCUUGCAGCGCUGGCUGCGGCAGGGAAAGGAGCCCAACCUGGUGUGGAGGUGCUGCAGGAGCAGCCCCGAGUGCCCCGAGGGGCUCUGGCAGGAACAGGGGGGACAGCGUGUCGCCAGUGUCCCCAGGCUGGCUCAGGGUGAUGGUGCCCAGCACGGGCACAGCUCCCCGAGCGUUCCUGGGCACACAGAAAGAACCAGGGUGACUUCCACCAAGUUUUCCUAAUGCUGCCAAUUAACAGCAAGUGACAUCUUCCCUCCCCGCUCCCCCUGCCCAAUAGAAUAUUAAUUCUUUAUUAAUUCAUGAUACAGCUGCUAAUUAGUACCUCCACCAAUGGGCAUUACACCUUAGCAAAACACUCGGAGGUGUUUUGGGGACUGGGGUGUGCAGAGGGAGGGACAGAGGGUUGUGUUAAUCCUCUCCCCCCAACCCCGCCACAGCCAAGAAUUUCAACUUUCAGACAAACAACUUCAUUUACAAGUGUGUCUCUAAUUAGCUGCAGAAUUAGUAAAGCAGAGUUUUCCCCCCAUAGAUCGGCCAAACCCCCGGGGGAGGCUCUGGAAUGGAGAGAAUCGCAUUUCCAAUUAUUUUGUUGAAUUGCUAAUUUAGUUAUUGUGCCUGGCGUAAUUGUGAUGGGUAUUGGGUGUGCAAUUCAAUUUGUUUUAAAUAUUUGUGGGAAGGCUGAUCAGUAAUGGAGCUGACCUAUUUCAUGGCCCAAAUUGAGAGAAGAGACUAAAACAAAAAACAGCUACAAAGCCCCAGUUUGUCUCAGUUUUUAUUUUGAUGUCUCUCAUCCCUCUUAAGACUGUUGAUGCAACAAAAGGUUUACAUUAAAAGAUGAUGGCACUUUGA